UCUGCUGGCACUCACGCCCAGCCUCCCCAGUGCAGGAGUCCCAGGCCACCCCUGAAUUGACCCCUGCCCAAAACACUCCAACCAGGGGUCACCCAAUGACAUAGGCAGCAGGUUGAAACAAACACAAGGCAGUGCUUCUUCGCACACCGCCCGCCCAGCCAGUCUGCGGAGGGCGCCACAGUCUCCAGGCCAGGGGGUGCGAAGGCCAAAAGUGUAACUGGGUUCAAAAAACCAACUAGAUCAGUUCUGGAGGAUGGGUCGGUGAUGUUAUUGACUUGAACUGGGACCAUAUAGAACAUCGUUGCAACCCAGGUCCCGUAGUGGCACUAAAUCUUGUAUAAAGGGGGUCAACUAAGGUGUCUCAGACAAGGUGCUGGUUUGCUGGUUAGGAUGAUGCUGUCUGUGUGCGUCUAUCAUUUUGUAGUUAAAGUUAUGAAUAUUGGCUCUGUCCUGUCUGUAUUUCAAACCUGUGCUCUGCUUCUGGGGGACACCCCAGACACGUUGGGGUCAGCUCUGCCUAGCCUGCUGGACGGCCCAUUAGGGACCAUCAGCGACACAACUGACCCAGUGAGAGAAGGCAGACGCGCCUGGGGACUCGGCCAGGCGUGCAGGGACCUGCCUAGGGACCGAACUCUGAGGUGUUUCCAGGCCAUGGAUGGGCAGCUUGUCCUUGGGACACAGAAAGCAGAGACCACACGGCAAGAGACUUUCAAAAGCUGCUGCAGCUCCUCCAGCUGGUCUUCAGUCCUGCUUCUGGCCUCUGGAGGGACUUGGCGACCCUGAAGCUUUGACCCAAGGACUGAAAGACCCAUCCCAGCUGGGGAUGUUCUCCAGAGACUGGAUUUGAACCUGCCGUUUAUUCCAUCGCUGCUGCAAGCCUGACCCAAGAACUUGGCCGUCACUGGACGUCAUUGAUUCCAUUGAACCCGUUCUAGCUCUCGUCUCUGUCUUUUCCGUUUAUGAACAAACCUUUAGAUUUUAGACUCCAAAGGAUCGGCAGCAGCGUGAUCUGUGGCACCUGGCCAUGCCAGAGCCAGGACACUGGCCCAGACGGACCACUGGUCUGACCCAGCAUGGCCCUGCUGAGGCAGGAGCUGGUGGAGGGAAGAGGAGCUGCAGAAACUCCAGUCUGAGCAGGGCCAGACCUGAGGCACAAACCACGCACCAGGCAGGAGUGUCCAGCUGCCACAGCAGAGCCCUGCUCCAGAACCGCUGCACCUGUCUGGCUGGGCCAGGGAAACUGACCCGCGAGCGGCUGAGUCUGGGGUGUGUCCUGCCUGUUACUGUAAGACGAUGCUAGCGGCUCUGAGUGGGAAUCGACCUCUCCCCGCCCUGGGGAUCCGUCCCACCGGAGCCAGUGGCCGCCGGGCACUACCGGCCUGGGCCCCCUCCCACAGGGCUUGAGGUGGAAUUGCCCUCACAGGAGCAUUGCUGCAGCUGUUGGCUGUGGGUGGAGCUGUCUGCCCAGAGCAGAGCCCUGAGGAUGCCCCGCUGGGAGGGGGAGCCUCGGUGAGAGGUGCUGCAAUGGCUCCCCCCUGAGGUACCAUGCCGGUUCCCGCUAUGGCAGCCGCCACUGCCAGGUCUUUCUUCUGGGAGGUCUUCCCUCCCAUGCCCACCUGCCGGGUGUACUGCAGCCCUGCGUACCAGGACGGGCACCUCUUCGUGGCGGGGGGCUGUGGCCAGGCGGGGCUGCCCCUGGACACCGUGGAGAUGCUGGAUGUGCUUUCCCAGAAGUGGACGGUGCUCCCUCCACUCCUCACACCCCGGGCCGGGGCGGCUGCUGUGGCCGUGGGGAAGCAGGUCCUGGUGAUGGGGGGCAUGGAUUCCAGACAGAGCCCCCUGGCCUCCGUCGAAGUCUUCAACACAGAUGAGGGCAAGUGGGAGAAGGCGGCGGCCCUGGCCCAGCCAUCCAUGGGCGUCUCUGCCAUCGAGAGAGCUGGUUUGGUCUAUGCUCUUGGGGGCAUGGGCGCAGACACCUCUCCUCAGGCACUAGUGCGGGUCUAUGAGCCAGCGACCGCCCACUGGCAGCUUCUGCCCUCCAUGCCCACCCCCUGCUAUGGGGCAUCUGCCUUCCUGCAGGGCAACAAGAUCUUCCUCCUGGGCGGGAGGCAGGGCAAGCUGCCUGUCACUGCCUUCGAGGCCUUCGACCUGGAGACAAGGAGCUGGACACGCUAUCCCAGCAUCCCCAGCCGGCGGGCCUUUGCCAGCUGCGCCAUGGCCGACGGCUGCUUCUUCAGCCUCGGGGGCCUGCAGCAACCGGGACCCCACAACUUCUACUCCCGGCCCCACUUUGUCAACACGGUGGAGAUGUUUGAGCCGGAGCAGGGGGCCUGGAGCAAGCUGGGCCGCGCCGUGCGCAUGCGGGAGAAGAGAGCUGACUUUGUGGCAGGCUGCCUCGGCGGGCGAGUGGUGGUGGCCGGAGGCCUCGGGAACCAGUCAUUCCCCCUGGGCUCAGUGGAAGGAUUUAGCAUACCAAGGAAGAAGUGGGAGCUGCUGCCCCCCAUGCCCACUGGUCGUUGCUCCUGCUCCAGCUACCAGGCCCCAAGCCUGCUGUUUGUGAUCGGAGGGGUGGCGCAGGGCCCCAGCGGCGCAGUCGAGGCUCUCUGCCUGCGGGAAGGGGCCUGAAGGGAGCCCCCGGCAGAAGGAUCCCACCAACAGAGCUGAGGGCAAAGUGCCUGAAGCUGGCGACGGGCGCCAUGCAGAGCAAACUCUUUGGAGCUGGUGUGUAGCUCGUAGUUACUGACUCGGGGCACCAAAGCAGUGACGUCGUCUUUUGCUCGUUAGGCUUUCAGAAGCUGAAAUUAGUUUUCUAGUGUAGCUCAGAGAUGGGAGCAGUCAGUCUGUGCUUGGGGGACAGGAGAGAACCAGGGCAGGGCAAGCCGCAGAGGAGUCUGGAAGGAGUGUCAAUGCCAGGGGAUGGGGUGGCGCCCCAGAGUAGCUGAAGGGACUUCGCGAUCCUGGGGAAUCCAAAGCUGGCUCUCCGGUGUCAGGUCCUGUUGCGAACACUGCACUUCAGGGGUGGGGGCAGCCUGCAGGACAGCCACCGCCUUGUUCAUGGAGCUCCAGGGUUCAUCUGUCUGCCCCUCAGCAGUCUCUUGGGAGGAGAGCCAGCCCCUGGGUGGGGGAGCUGGUUUGAGCUGCCUGUUGUCCAGUGUGAAUGUCUGUGCUGUCUUUGUGCAGAUGUGUCUUAUGGCUGCGCAGUGAGGAGCACCGGUGACUCGCGGGAGGCCAGAGGAGAGCAGGGAGUGCUGUAUUGUUGUAGCCCUGGUCUGUGUCCCAUGUAGCACAUAUGGUGCCCUGUAGCUCAGUGCCUAGGAGGUGCUGUAGCCCCUCAAAUAAAUGAAACAAGUGGAAUGUGA